AUGGCGCCUGGAAUACUUGGGUAUAUUCAGAGCAUGCUCUUCCCGCCGGUCUUCAUGGGCGUGAGCCUUUCCUACUUCGCCCUCACGCUCCUGAGCAACCCCCUGCUGCCGCUCACCGACUUCGCCUCGUUCAAGGAGAAGACGUUUGCGCGCAUGUGGCUCAAAUACGGACCGAUGUUCGCCGAGGACGUGCCGCGGGACAUCGGGCCCCUGCUGGCGCAGUGUCGCGGACGCAUCCUCGACGUGGGCCCCGGGUCCGGCGAACAGGUCAAGCGCUUCACGCACCCGGAGAACAUCACGGCCAUCUACGGCGUCGAGCCCGGGGUCAGCCUGCACGCGCAGCUGCGCGCGAAGGCCGCCCAGGCCGGCCUGGGCGCCAAGUACCACGUCCUCGCCGCCACCGCGGACCUGGACGCCCUGCUCCCGCAGCUCAUCCGCGCCGGCCUGGUGGCCCCCGGCAAAACCGCCCCCGCCGACCUGCAGCUGUUCGACGAGAUCGUGUGCCUGCGCGUGCUGUGCGGCGUGCCCGACCAAGCCGCCACCGUCGCCGACCUGUACGGCCUGCUCAAGCCCGGCGGCCGCUUCGUCGUGUGCGAACACGUCCUCAACACCCACCACUGGCCCGCCCGCCUGGCCCAGCGCCUGUACAUGCUCCUAGGCUGGAAACAGCUCAUGGGUGGCUGCUGUCUGACCCGCUCCACCAUCGACACGCUCCUCCAGGUCGCCCGCGCUCGCGACGGCGGCUGGGCCGAGGUCACUCUCACCCCGGACGACGAGUAUUCGCCCUCCAUGCACGUCACUGGCGUGUUGAUCAAGAAGAAGUAG